AUGUAUAUUGCACCAUGGUCACCAAAAUGCACCGAUAGCCAGUGCCAUGAUUAUGAACAGAUUGCAAAGUACUGUGACACUCUACUCGUAUUGGCCUUCAAUAUGCCGGCCCAGAAGUUGGAUAAUUGCAGAGCGAAGGCAGGUGCUCCCUAUCAUCAGACCAUAACAGGUAUCUUGGCUUAUAUCAAACUGGGCGUUGAUUCCAGAAAGAUUGUGAUGGGCGUUCCAUGGUUUGGUCUUGACUAUCCUUGUGAACGGCUUAUUGAGGCUGGUAACUGUGAACUGAGAAAGGUUCCUAAUAAAGGGCCUCCCUGUAGUAACCACGAUGCAUUGUACAUCCCGUACAGCAUGAUCAUGCAGGCCUUGCCUAAGUCAGCUAGUGGCAGGAUUUGGGAUGAUGAUGUCAAAGCCCCAUACUACAUCUACAAGUCCGCAAAGACAUAUCACGAGGUCUGGUACGAUGAUCCUGAGAGUAUCUCAAUGAGAUCAACCUUCAUGAAGAAAUACAAACUUCGAGGCAUCAGCGUUUGGAUGGGAAACUUUCUGAACUACACUUCUAAUGGACUAGCUGUCUUGCAAACCGAGGAGAUGUGGAAUGCUCUGUGCCCUCCUUGA